AUGGCCGAUCAACAGUUUGACAGCGCGCUCGAUCUCCUCCGACGCCUAAACCCGCGCGACACCAAGAAGAACCUGAACGCCAUCAAUUCCAUUAUCCCCGAGCUCCAGGAAGAUCUCCUCUCCUCCGUCGACCAGCCCCUGGAGGUUCGCCGCUGCCCGCAGACCAACCGGGACUACCUGCUCUGCGACUACAACCGUGACGGCGAUAGCUACCGCUCACCAUGGAGCAACGAGUUCGACCCCCCACUGGAGGACGGCACCGUUCCCAGCGAGAAGGUGCGCAAGCUCGAGGUCGCAGCGAACGAGGCCUUUGAUGUUUACCGCGAGCUGUACUACGAGGGCGGAGUCGGAAGCGUUUACUUUUGGGAUCUGGACGAUGGAUUUGCCGGCGUUGUUCUCCUUAAGAAGGGUGUUACUCCCGGUUCUCAGAGCUCUGGCGAAUGGGACAGCAUUCACGUUUUUGAGGCGACUGAUCGCGCCCGCUCCUCCCACUACAAGCUUACCAGCACUGUUAUUCUCCACCUCGCCAACCAGAGUGAGGCCCUCGGCGACAUGGACCUGAGCGGUAACAUGACCCGCCAGAUCGAGGCGGAUCUCCCUGUCGAGCAAGGGGAUGCGAGCCAUAUUGCCAAUGUGGGCAGACUGGUGGAGGAUAUGGAGUUAAAGAUGCGCAACUUGCUACGUAUGUAUUCCGUGAUCUAA